GGGCCGCCGGCCGCCGGCUCUCGGCCCGCAGGACUGGCCUGCACCUUGGCGGUGCAGACCCGCCGCCCGCGGGGUGUCGCUUGCGCGCGUGCGUCAGCCACCCUCAUACCUGCUGCCGAGGACCAGUUCUUGCACCGGGUGCGUGGCCGGCCUUCGCCCUGGAGACCCUGGAGGACAUGCGGUGAAGGGGUCCUGGACUCCACAUCCCUGAGUUUCAGCACCAGAUUGAAGUGUUUUGUGAUAUGCUUCGUGGCUGGCAUUUUCUUUUCUAUCCUUGGAACUGGAUUGCUGUGGCUUUCCAACAAAAAGCUUUUUGCCGUGUUUUACACCCUUGGGAAUCUUUCUGCAUUAGCCAGUACUUGCUUUCUGAUGGGACCCGUGAAGCAGCUGAAGAAGAUGUUUGAAACCACACGGUUGCUUGCAACAGUUAUCAUGCUUCUGUGCCUCGUCUUUACCCUGUGCGCUGCUCUGUGGACAAAGGUGUUGACUAAGUAG